CCGGCACUGUCACCACAUUAUAUGUAAGUAAGAAACAAGUGAUGCUACUGCAAUAUACCUUGAAUCCUUAGACUAACCAUUCCUUUGUACCGGAACUUGGGAAUAGAUGAUAACUGAGGGGCUGUGGGACAUACAUGAUGAGAUUGAUCUCGAGUUCUUGGGGAACACCACCGGUGAGCCCUACACCUUGCACACUAACAUCUAUGCCAGAGGAACAGGUGGCCGAGAAAAGCAGUACCGGCUUUGGUUUGAUCCAACAGAAGACUUCCAUACCUACACCAUCAUCUGGAACCCGCAGAUGAUCUUAGGUGUAUUCUUUAUUAGAGCUAAGCAUAAAUUAAUUUGUUUGGUCUGUUGUUGCAGAAUACUUGUUGAUGGCACACCAAUUCGGCAGAUGAAGAAUCAGCUAAGGAAUGAUAUACCCUUCCCGCUAUAUCAACCAAUGAGGCUGUACGCCAGCAUCUGGGAUGCCGAUGACUGGGCAACGCAGGGUGGGCGUAUCAAAACCGACUGGUCUCAAGCACCAUUUACCGCAUUCUUCCGGAACUACCAAGCUAACGCCUGCAUUCCGUACAAAACUGCCUGGAUUUGCAGCCAAGGGUCUAAUGACAGCAGCUGGUUUACCCAGGAUUUGGAUGAGGAAGGGAAGCAGAAACUUAAGGACGUAGAUGAUAACUACAAGAUUUAUGAUUACUGCACUGACUCAAGGAGGUACCCAAAUGGGUAUCCCCCAGAGUGCGGGUCACAGUAGAAGUAUUUCAGUUAGCUGAUAGAAAGGGUAGCUGAGUUUUUUUUUUCUUUUGCACAUUUGUUUGAGGAAAAUAAUCAAAAAAGAAUCAAACCCCUUCGCACCCAUAUAUUGAUCCCAGAAUAUCAAAAACAUUACACUAAAAAAACACAAUGAGCUGAGCUGGAUUAAUAGAGAAUGACAAAUUUAACUAUUAGUAGUGCCAACGAAAAGUCAAAUAAUCCAUUUAUGCAGCAAACUACUUAAAUCAAAGAAAUCUAAGUCAGCUGGCCCAUUUAUAGUAGUAAAUAUAAGCUUACCAUGUAACUUCCAUGCUAAGAUAUGAAGCAAGUCACUAAAAUGGAAGAAAUUUAAGCCAACUAUUUUGUGCUCAUAUCAGCAAAAAAAAAAAAGUAAUACUGACCUUCAAUUGUAAGGUUGUAUGCAAGAGGGGAAUCAGCAUUCCUUCUUUCACUAAGAGGCAGCACUGGAAACAGCUUUGCAACCAGGACUUCUCAUUUCUAUGCAGAGUAAAACCAGGGGAAUCAUGCAUCCAGGCCUUCAAAGCACAAUAUGCUAGGGACUGCAAUACAAAAUAUAGGCAAUACAUUUAUAAAACUGGGGAGGUCAACCACACCACCAUUCAGUCCAAACCAAAUGAUAUUUUGAUGGUGUUCAAUCAGAGCUCAGGGAGAUAUUCACUUCCUCAGCUGGAAAUGAUGCGAUUAUAAUGAAUAGUGACCCAAGGUAAAUUGUCACAAUAUUGCAGAUUUGCAGUGUCCUAUCAGCUAUAGCCAAAUAUGGUUUUUGUAAUGUGUUAGCAUGUUACACUAAAUGGCUGCCGAGUGCCAAGUUUAAUGUUCAUGAGCCAGUUGUGCUAAUCAGGCGAAGGCACAUUUGAAGGACAGAUCAUUGUUCCCAAUUUACAGGCCGACUGAAAAGAGUUUCAGAGUCAGGGCUUAAGAACAUCUAUUCAAACAAAGAACAAUUUCUGAAAAAUAUUAUUAUUGCAAUAUUUAGAUCCUACUGGGAAGUGGGAAGCACAAGUCCACUUGAUAACAACUCCAGCUUCUUUAUGUCAGCUUCUACCUGAGUGUUCUAAUUUUGAAUAUUCUGUAUGGAAUUGCCUUUAGCUAUUGGGUCUACCAGAAAACAUAGCAACAGACAACAGAGCUUUCGAUUCAAUAUAUAUAUAGCAAGUUAGCAAGACAGCAUUCACUUUUUAAUGAAGAGAUAGACAAGAUAAUUACAUAUUUAUCAACAUAACUAGAAAGCACAAUUGGCAAUGAAUAUUUAAUACUAUAGGAUUUCUUCAUGUAGAACAUUUCCUAAAGAUGUUCUCACUUUGUCAUGGUGUCAUCUAGCUCCAACAAUAAAAAACAUGCUAAUAAGAUAUUGUUGUAUUGUCGACAGGCAAGGCAGAUCUAGAAAGGAAUACAAAAUACAGUGCAAACACAAUUCCUAUAGAAAUAAAAUAAUCAGGCAUCAAGAAAAAUGGAUAUAAUUAUUCUAGUAUUACAGAUAGUGUGAAAGCACAUCAAUUUCAGGAUAAAGUCACCCACCUAUUUCUUGGAAGUAUGGAACCACCAUUCAGGAUGUCUCCAAAGUCCAAAAUUUGCUCAGGAAUAUAGGUAGUCUUCAUUACUCCCUCAUUUUAUUUGCAGCUCAAGAGAACCAACCUGAUUCGGCAAUCAGCUCAAUAUCUAGUUUAAUAACUUGGUAAAGAGCCCAAAUUAAGCUAUAUCAUUAGCCAAUGGAAGAUGAGAGAACAAAUAAUACCUGAAUUCACCUGAAAGAAAUAUUCUGGAAGUUGUAGCAGAACACAUUUUGUUAUGGUAUUUGGGGAAAAAAGAAGCGCUAAACAUCUAAUAGAAAUCGCAGAAAGUACUAACAUUUAAUAUGAGCAUAAGAAUUCAAUUGGAAUAAAGCCAACAAAUCUGGUUAACUCUAUGAAAGAUGCAAGGACAGAUGAAAGACAAAUGGCAUGUUCAUAUGGCAUAUGAUCACAUUUACCUAAUCUACUAGCAUAUAGCAUCAAUUGAUCCCAUGA